UGCGCAUCGCGUUUGCGGGUGGUGGCAUUUCUUUAUUUUGAUCGUGAAGAAGCUGCUCUGCGCGCUUGCCAAAGCGAGGAAGCUGCGAAAUAAGUACGUGAGAGAGGAGGAGGAGGAGGAGGAGGGCGCAGGUCUGUUACUUUCUCUUCUCAAAGUUUCCUGCUGGAGCAGUAUGAAGUGCAGCGAUGGCAAGGAGAGGUAAGACGGUGGUGAGGACGCUGGAAGAUCUGACCCUCGACUCGGGUUAUGGUGGUGCGGCAGACUCCGUCCGGUCCUCCAACUUGUCUCUGUGCUGCUCCGAUUCCCCCCACGCGGCUCACCCCUAUGGAGGAAACGGCUGGCAGCAUCUAACUGACUCGAUGCACAGUAGACACAACAGCUUUGACACCGUCAACACUGUCCUGGUGGAAGACUCCGAAGUGCUGGACUGCGCCGACCAGCACUGCUCCAGGCUGCUGCCUGACCUUGAGGAGGUCCCCUGGAGCCUCGACGAGGUGGAGGCGGUUCUCCUCCUCUUGCAGCGCAAAGAGGCCAGGGGGCCGGUGGCCCCCCCUUGCAAAGAUGCCCUGGCCAGACUGUCCACCUUGGUCAGCCGGGCGCUCAUCCGGCUGGCCCGGGAGGCUCAGCGCCUGAGCCUUCGCUUCGCCAAGUGCACCAGGUACGAGGUGCAGAGCGCCAUGGAGAUCGUCCUGGGCUGGAGCCUGGCUUCCAGCUGCACGGCGGCCGCCCUCGGCGCGCUGUCGUUGUACAACAUGAGCAGCAGCGGCGGCGACCGCUUCAGCCGAGGCAAGUCGACCCGCUGCGGCCUCACCUUCUCGGUGGGAAAGUUCUACCGCUGGAUGGUGGACAGCCGGGUGGCCGUGCGCAUCCACGAGCACGCCGCCAUCUACCUGACCGCCUGCAUGGAGAACCUCUUCCGAGAGAUCUACGCCAGGGUCCUGCAGCUGGGCGCCGGGGCCGCCGCGCCACAGCACCACCCCCAGCACCACCUCCACCACCUCCAGACACAACAACACCCAAACAAUCCCCCUCAGCUGCCGCCGCCGCCGCCGCCGCCACACCACCACAGGGGUCAGUGCUCUGGCGCUGCCGCCGCCGCCGUCGCCGCCGCUUUGCCUCCUCCGGCUUCUGGAGCCGCUCCUGCCGCCGCUUCGGACAACAAGGACCGAGAGAGCAGCGGCAGCAGCAGCGCCGCCGCAGCCGCCGCCGCCAACAACCACCACAGCAACGAAGCGCCAAAGUUUACGCUGGAGUCCCUGGAGCAGACGGUCAACAACGACUCGGAGCUGUGGGGGCUGCUGCAGCCUUACCAGCACCUCAUCUGCGGGAAAAACGCCAGCGGUGUCCCUUGCUUGCCAGAAAGUCUGAAUCUUCACAAAGACCAGCAAAGGUCAAAUAAGCCAGGGGAAGUCCAGAUGUUUAGCCAAUCAGAGUUACGGACCAUCGAGCAAUCUUUGCUUGCAACGCGUGUGGGAAGUAUUGCAGAACUCAGCGAUCUGGUGUCUCGAGCAAUGCAUCACCUGCAGCCACUCAGUGCGAAGCAACAUAGCAACAGCACCCCCAUGCACCACAAGCAGGGGUCGCUCUACUGGGAACCGGAGGCUUUGUACACGCUCUGUUAUUUUAUGCACUGCCCACAGAUGGAAUGGGAGAACCCGAACGUGGAACCCUCGAAAGUAACGCUACAGACGGAAAGGCCUUUCAUUGUGCUGCCACCGCUGAUGGAAUGGAUCAGAGUAGCUCUGGCUCAUGCAGGGCACCGUCGCAGUUUCUCCUUGGACAGUGAUGAUGUACGGCAAGCAGCCAGGCUUUUGCUACCAGGAGUUGACUGUGAACCUCGGCAGUUAAAAAUUGACGACUGCUUCUGUGCUUCUCGGAAGCUGGAUGCAGUAGCCACAGAAGCCAAAUUCAAGCAGGACCUUGGGUUCCGAAUGUUGACCUGUGGCCGUACAGAUCUGGUCAAACAGGCCAUAUCUUUGUUGGGGCCUGAUGGAAUUAACAGCAUGAGUGAUCAGGGCAUGACUCCACUGAUGUACGCUUGUGUGAGGGGCGAUGAGGCCAUGGUCCAGAUGCUACUGGAUGCUGGAGCAGAUCUAAAUGCAGAGGUUAUCAGUACUCCUCAUAAAUAUCCAUCCGUCCACCCCGAGACCCGCCAUUGGACCGCUCUGACAUUUGCUGUGUUGCAUGGACAUAUUCCUGUAGUUCAGCUGUUGCUGGAUGCAGGUGCCAAAGUAGAAGGUUCUUUGGAACAUGGUGAUGAAAACUAUUCAGAAACUCCCUUGCAACUGGCAGCAGCUGCAGGAAAUUUUGAACUGGUUAGUUUGCUUUUGGAGCGAGGUGCUGACCCCAUGAUUGGAACUAUGUACAGGAAUGGCAUUUCCAUGACUCCUCAAGGUGACAUGAACUCCUUUAGCCAGGCUGCUGCACAUGGACACAGGAACGUGUUUCGUAAGCUGCUUGCUCAGCCGGAGAAGGAGAAGAGUGAUAUCCUGUCCCUGGAGGAGAUACUGGCUGAGGGAACUGACUUGGCAGACAGUGCUCCAGCUCCUUUGUGCGCCAGCCGCAACAGCAAAGCCAGACUUAAAGCUCUGAAAGAGGCUAUGUAUCACAGUGCUGAACAUGGAUAUGUGGAUGUAACCAUUGACAUCAGGAGCAUAGGUGUCCCAUGGACUCUGCAUACAUGGUUAGAGUCUUUGCGAACUGCCUUUCAGCAACACAGAAGACCACUCAUCCAGUGCUUGCUGAAAGAAUUUAAAUCUAUUCAAGAGGAAGAAUACACUGAAGAACUUGUCACGCAAGGGUUGCCUUUGAUGUUUGAGAUCUUGAAGGCAAGCAAGAAUGAAGUGAUUAGUCAACAACUGGCUGUCAUAUUCACUCAUUGCUAUGGACCCUAUCCUAUUCCUAAGCUUGUUGAAAUCAAACGCAAGCAGACAUCUCGUUUAGAUCCUCAUUUUCUUAACAAUAAGGAAAUGUCAGAUGUUACAUUCCUUGUAGAAGGAAGACCCUUUUAUGCGCACAGAGUAUUAUUAUUUACUGCAUCCCCAAGGUUUAAAGCCCUCUUGUCCAGCAAACCUGCAUCUGACAGCACUUGCAUUGAAAUCAGUUAUGUGAAGUAUCCCAUUUUCCAGCUCAUAAUGCAGUAUCUGUACUAUGGAGGUGCAGAGUCACUUCUCAUUAAAAACAAUGAAAUAAUGGAGCUUCUGUCUGCUGCUAAAUUUUUCCAGCUUGAAGCAUUGCAACGACACUGUGAGAUCAUCUGUGCAAAAAGUAUCAACACAGAAAACUCUGUGGAUAUUUAUAAUCACGCCAAGUUUCUUGGAGUAACAGAACUAGCUUCCUAUUGUGAGGGUUACUUUCUAAAAAACAUGAUGGUCCUCAUAGAAAACGAAGCUUUCAAACAGCUGCUGUACGACAAGAACGGAGACUCGUCUGGCCAAAAUGUACUACAAGAUUUACAGAGGACGUUGGCAUCACGGAUCCAGUCGAUUCAUUUGUCGUCUUCAAAAGGCUCCAUUGUAUAAAGUUCAGGAAGAGCCUGAUGUUUCUGAUGGGGGGGGGAGGGGAAGCACUGCAAAUGAAAAUGUUGCUGGUGCAGUUUCUUAAGAGAAUAUACAACGCUAUUUUUUUCCUACGGGAGUAUUACAUUGCGGUUGUGGGCCAAAGGUGCUGUCACUUGCUUGAAACUUCCCUUGGGCAAAAGGUUAUGGUACAUGUGACUCCUAUGCAUUUUUGGAACUACAAGGAUGUAUUACUGUUCUGUGAAUUGCUGUUCAGAUUCUGAACACGGAAGUGCUGUCGUGCAGCUAAUGCCAACUGAAGCUGGGCCAUGCACCCGUACAUAGCAGAAGCCCGUCCUAGACCAAGAAUGCCACGAAACAAUUAUUUGACAAAACCAACAUAUCAGGUUGUUUUUGUAACGCAGUGUCAUACUACUACUUCUUUUUUUUUAGACCUGCACUCUUCCUGCCCCAUUGUCCAUUGUAUUGUGCAUUUGAGAAACAUAAGAUCUGGUAGUAUGGCGAUUUUUUUUAGUGGUGGGAACUUUUUAAAAUUGUUAAUUAAAAAAUGGGGUGGCCUUGUAGGGUUCCCUCCCACUUUAUUUUAUUAAGCUCCAAAUUUUGCUUUCAACAUAUUUGAGAAUGUAUGUUACAUGUUAAGUUUGGGGUUCAUU